UGUGCAGUUUAGUGUCUGUGAGGGAAGCAGAAGGGAACCUGUCCCAUCUUCAUCACACUGCCUGGACUCUUCACCUUCAGCUCUCAACAUGGUUGAUGCAUUCUGCGCAACGUGGAAACUCGUGGACAGCCAGAACUUUGAUGAGUACAUGAAAGCACUGGGUGUCGGGUUUGCGACCAGGCAAGUGGGCAAUGUCACCAAGCCCACUAUCGUCAUCAGCCAUGAGGGGGACAAAGUUGUUAUUAAAACACUGAGUACCUUCAAGAACACUGAGAUUUCCUUCAAGCUGGGGGAGGAGUUUGACGAGACCACUGCAGAUGACAGGAACGUGAAGUCCACAGUAACCUUGGAUGGAGACAAUCUAGUACACGUUCAGAAGUGGGACGGAAAAGAAACCAAGUUUGUCCGAGAAAUCAAGGACGGUAAAAUGGUUAUGACUCUGGCCUUCGAGGGCGUCCAGGCAGUUCGUACGUACGAAAAGGCGUAAACGUGAAAGGGACGGAUGCUUCAGUCUACUCCUGGCAACUUGACAUCGUUUUUGUUCAUUAUACGAUUAGUCGGUCCCUUUUUAAGACACGGGGCACCUUUUUUAACUACUUUUUAUAUCAAAUGCAUGAGUUGUGGAGUUACUUGGGUGUUUGUGUUAAACUGACUGAAAUACAUACUUGAUGACGUCUUGA